GCGCGGCUGUGCAGCCGCCAAAGCACGUGGAUGCGUGACCUGGUGAUGUCUUUUCCGGAAGAGGUCACGCAGACUUAGGAAAGUCUGCGUGUCGUGAACGCGGCGAAUGUCAACACUCAAUGUAGCAUGUUACAAAACCUCACACGCUACAUGAAUACAGUUGUAAAACAAAGUGUUUUGUGUACCAGCAGAAGACAAUGUCAAAUCCAGCGCACGUAUUUAAAGUGAGGUUUUUAUACAAGAGAAUCCUAAUGCUGCACAAAUUGUUGCCUUUAGACUUGAAAGCACUGGGAGAUCAGUAUGUCAAAGAUGAAUUCAAGAGAAACAAGAUUGCAGCUCCCGAGGAAGCCAAGAGAUUUAUGGUGGAAUGGGAGGGGUAUAAGGAUACAUUACAGACUCAGGUGAUGGAAGCUGCAAGAAACAAAUUCAAGCAAAAUCAUUUUGGGGGUGACCUUCCAGAAGAACAAUUAAACCACUUUAAUGAAGACCAGGUCGGACAGUUGUAUGAACUAAUGCAAGAAGCAACAAAACCAAAUCGUCAGUUUAACAUUCAAGAUGAUUCACUUCACAAGUAACUAGCAGUAUGCCAAGGAUUUAUGAAUCUGUUUUAAAGAAAAUGUUACUUAAUAACAAAAAUGUGUGAAUCAUAAUGUGAUUGUAAGAUUUAUGAUGUAUAAAAACCAUUAAAAUUAACCUUUGAACCAGAAAAUAGCCAUAACAUUUUGUUGGUCAAUUCUAAAAAAUAAAAAAAAAGUAAAGUAUGUUUAAAAACAAAAACAAUAUGUUAUUUAGGGUUGCAUUGUUAGGAUUGUUUCUCUUAAUACUUUUUAUUGUUUUAACAAAAGCAAGAAAUAUGUUUAUCUUUUCACAAAAAUAAAUAUCUGUUGUCCUGAACACAUUUUUAAGUAUAAAACAGUAAAAUAAUAUAAAUGUGCAAAAUGUAUGUAUAUGUUCCCUGAUUUUAAUGUUCUUGAUUGUUCUAAAAUAAUAUACUAUGGUCAGUCUAGCUGUCUGAUUUGAGGUAUUUUGAGCAAACCAAGAGACUUAACUCUUUAGAACAUUUUCUAAAAGAAAUAAAGCAGUUAUUAAAUG